CGUGCACUCCUCGAAGCCCGGCGUCCUGCUCGCACGCUGCGGCUGCGGGUCCCGGAGCGGCGCUGACGGCGGAGGUUCCCACGAUGAGGACGGCGCGCUGGGUCCUCGGCCUGCUCCUGGCCGCCGCCGCCGGGGCUGCAGCGGGGGACAAGUGUGGCCGGAGCGAGUUCCAGUGCCGGAACGGGAAGUGCAUCUCCUACAAGUGGGUGUGUGACGGCAGCUCCGAGUGUCAGGACGGCUCGGACGAGUGGGAGCAGACCUGCAUGUCUCUCUCCUGCAAGCCCGACGACUUCAGCUGCGGGGGCCGCCUGAACCGCUGCAUCCCUGGGCACUGGAGAUGCGACGGCCAGCAGGACUGUGAGGACGGCUCCGACGAGCUGGGCUGCGCACCCAGGACGUGCACCCAGGACGAGUUCCGCUGCGCCCAGGGCGCGUGCGUCUCCCAGCUGUUCGCCUGCGACGGGGAGCGGGACUGCCCCGACGGCUCGGACGAGGCCUCCUGCGUGCCGUCCACCUGCGGCCCCGGCCACUUCCGCUGCAACAGCUCCGCCUGCGUCCCGGCGCUCUGGGCCUGCGACGGCGAGCCGGACUGCGAGGACGGCUCCGACGAGUGGCCGGCGCACUGCGGCGCCCGCCCCAGCCCGCAGCCCAGCCGCGGGCCCUGCUCCCGCCACGAGUUCCACUGUGCCAGCGGCGAGUGUGUGCACGCGGGCUGGCGCUGCGACGGCGACAGCGACUGCAAGGACGGCUCGGACGAGCGCGACUGCGCCGCGGCCACGUGCCGCCCGGACGAGUUCCAGUGCUCGGACGGGACGUGCAUCCACGGCAGCCGGCAGUGUGACCAGCAGCCGGACUGCGGGGACAUGAGCGACGAGGUGGGCUGCGUCAACGUGACGCUGUGCGAGGGGCCCGACAAGUUCAAGUGCCACAGCGGGGAGUGCAUCUCCAUGGACAAAGUGUGCGACUCCACCAGGGACUGCCGGGAUUGGUCGGACGAGCCCAUCAAGGAGUGUGCGACCAAUGAGUGCCUGCAGGACAACGGAGGCUGCUCCCACAUGUGCCACAAGCUCAGGAUCGGCCACGAGUGUCACUGUCCCCACGGCUACCGGCUGGUGGACCAGCGCCGCUGCAAAGAUAUUGACGAGUGUCAGGACCCCGACAUCUGUAGCCAGCUGUGCGUGAACCUGGAGGGCAGCUACAAGUGCGAGUGCCGGGCUGGCUUCCAGCUGGACCCCCACAGCCGGGCCUGCAAGGCCGAGGGCUCCAUCGCCUACCUCUUCUUCACCAACCGGCACGAGGUGCGCAAGAUGACGCUGGACCGCAGUGAGUACACGAGCCUCAUCGCCAACCUCAAGAAUGUGGUGGCCCUGGACACGGAGGUGGCCAGCAACCGCAUCUACUGGUCCGACCUGUCCCAGCGCAAGAUCUACAGCGCGCAGAUUGACAAGGCGCCCGGCUUCCCCGCCUACGACACCGUCAUCAGCGGCGACCUGCAGGCCCCCGACGGGCUGGCCGUGGACUGGAUCCACGGCCACAUCUACUGGACCGACUCCGUGCUGGGCACCGUGUCUGUGGCCGACACCAGGGGGCUCAGGAGGAAGACGCUGUUCCGGCAGGAAGGCUCCAAGCCCAGGGCCAUCGUGGUGGACCCCGCGCACGGCUUCAUGUACUGGACCGACUGGGGCGUCCCCGCCAAGAUCGAGAAAGGGGGCCUGAACGGCGUGGACGUCUACUCCCUGGUGACCGAGGACAUCCAGUGGCCCAAUGGCAUCACCCUGGAUCUUUCCAGCGGCCGCCUCUACUGGGUGGACUCCAAGCUGCACUCCAUCUCCAGCAUCGACGUCAACGGGGGCAACCGGAAGACGGUGCUGGAGGACGAGAAGCGCCUGGCGCACCCCUUCUCCUUGGCCAUCUUUGAGGACAAAGUAUUCUGGACGGACGUCAUCAACGAAGCCAUCUUCAGUGCCAACCGCCUCACCGGCUCCGACGUCCACCUGGUGGCCGAGAACCUGCUGUCCCCUGAGGACAUUGUCCUGUUCCACAACCUCACGCAGCCCAGAGGGGUGAACUGGUGUGAGGAGACGGCCCUCCCCAACGGCGGCUGCCAGUACCUGUGCCUGCCUGCCCCACAGAUCAACAGCCACUCGCCCAAGUUCACCUGCGCCUGCCCCGACGGCAUGCUGCUGGCUAUGGACAUGCGGACCUGCCUCACAGAGGCCGACGUGGUGCUGAGCACCCAGAGAGCGUCGACGGCCGCAGGGCCGAAGCUCACGGACAGCCAGCCACCUGCCGGCACCACACAGCAGCCCCUGACCGAGCCCGCGCUCAGCACCGUGGAGACGGCGACCACGUCCCAGCAAGCCCUGCACAACGCCGACAACGCCGACAACGCCGACGGCCGAGGCAGCGAGCGGACGCCCGGGAGCGUGGGGGCCCUGUCCGUCGUCCUGCCCAUCGCACUGCUGGGCCUGCUCUGCCUGGGCGCCCUGGUCCUGUGGAAGAACUGGCGGCUCCGCAGCGUCCACAGCAUCAACUUCGACAACCCGGUCUACCAGAAGACCACGGAGGACGAGCUGCGCUUCUGCCAGGGCCAGGACGGCUACACCUACCCCUCGCGCCAGAUGGUCAGCCUGGAGGACGACGUGGCCUGAGCCGCCGCCUGGAUGUCGCCGCCACCCAAGGGCCGAGAGCCGCCGCCGCCUGCCCGGGCCCUGUUUUAUAUAUUUAUUCGCCCGGGCCGCGGGCCGGCUGCUCUCUGGACAGAGGGGGGCCCGGGCCUCCCUGCACUGCGCCCGCCCGCGCUCAUCUCAGGAGCUCCCGUGUUUACCUCGCCCGCACCGGCCCGGACGGGGCCGCCGGUCGCCCUUAACUGUCCAGAAGUGCCUGCGCCUUCCCCAGCCGGGCCCCUGGCUCCCCGCACUUGGGCGGCCCGGGGCUGCACCGGCCGCGCUCUGGCUCUGCACGUGGGCCCCGCGGCGUGGGGUGGGGGCUGUGGGGGGCUGUGGGGAGCGCGGCCCGGGGCGUGCAUGGCGUUUUAGCUUUGCACCUUGCAAGCCGCGCGCCGUGCGGGCUCCCCGACAGAACGCGGUGCCCACGAGCGCGCCCGCCAGUCUGUGACGACGUUUGCACUUUGUACGUUUCUGGAGACGCUGAGCACAUGUAUAGAAAUGUAUUUAUUUUUGCUAACGCUGGCUGCUGUGUGCAGCGGCGCGGGGCUGCCGGGGGGGGGGGGGGGGGCUCCGUGUCGCCUUGAACCACUGUAUAGAGAGUUUUUAUAGCCUGAAGGGGUUCCUGUGGUUGAUUAAAUUUCCUUAACGAGUUAUGUGGCUAAAGCGGCUGCUUGCUCGCCGGCUGGGUCAGCUGAGGCUACACAGACCGCGCCCCGGCCCCGUGCCCCAGGCCCAGGGAGAGGGCCCUGGCCCGGACCAGGCGGGCUGCGGGGGCCACAGCCCUGGCCGGGGACAUCCUGCCCGGUCUGUGACUUGGGCUUUGCCCGUCCCCUGCUCUGCUCGUCCAUCCGACGUGGCCAGACGGUCCACCAGGAAUGCAGGUCCCCUGGCCGCCCCUGGGUGGACAGCCGGCCAGGCCGCCGCCUCCAACCCCGGCGUCCAUCAGAGCGCCCGGAGUCCCGGCUCUGCUUCCGGUCCAGCUCCCUGCUAGCGCGCCUGGGAAAGCAGUGGACGGCCCAGUGCGUGGGAGACCCGGAUGAAGUUCCACGCCCUGGAACCUGGCCCAGCCCUGACUGUCGUGGGAAUCUGGGGAGUGAACCAAGGUCUGCCUCUGUCUAUCUCUGCUUUUCUUUUGU